CCCCGGGGGUCUCCUUAGGCGGGCUCACCUGUCUCACGUCUGUCCGCUGGACCCUAACACACGCUUAGUGAAAGUGACAACACUGUUAUAGCAACAGGAAAGUGACGCUAGUAUGUGCUAUUUCAAUAGAAAAGUGACGCUAGUAUGUGCUAUUUCAAUAGAAAAGUGACGCUAGUAUGUGCUUUUUCAAUAGAAAAGUGACGCUAGUAUGUGCUAUCACAAUAGAAAAGUGACGCUAGUAUGUGCUAUCACAAUAGAAAAGUGACGCUAGUAUGUGCUAUCACAAUAGAAAAGUGACGCUAGUAUGUGCUAUUUCAAUAGAAAAGUGACGUUAGUAUGUGCUAUUUCAAUAGAAAAGUGUGUUCCGUUAGUGCUGCUAGUGUGUCAUAUUACAACAGCAAGGUAAUGUUAAGUGUAUCUUAUUUAAACGUGAAAUUUAGUGUGAGAAAGACUGGGAAAUAGAGGUUUAAAGUGUACUGAUGUUCCUCCCCCCCCCCCCCCCCCACCCUUGUAUAAAAUACUUAACUAAGGAGCUUCAUAUUAAAGAUCAGAAUGUUCACAGUAACAGAUGAACAAGUGUUGUGGCGAUUGAACAAGAAAUUCAGAAUAAAAUAAGACCAUUUCCUAUCUAGAAUGUUGCUCAAAUCUUCUCUGAAAAGUGAGACUGAAUCUUUUCUUAAAAAUAAUCUCAAUGUGGUCGGUUUUGUCCUUGCUAACAUUGUAAUUUUUGUUAACUUACACACGAAUUAGCGAGUCAAAAUCCAAGAAGCUGGUGAUGGAGGUCUCGUGGGAGGGAGAUCCCAUCCCAGGGACAAAUUCGGACCCCUUACUUAUCUUCCCGGACCUUCCCUGGAACGACUCUCAUAAGGGGCGGGUCAUCGCCUCCCAGGACGAUUCACUUCAGACCUCCCCUCUCGACGACUACGUCAACAGUUCCAGGUCAUGGAACGCGUCUAACGAGACGUACAGUGGCUACGUCGACACCGAUUCCCUGCCCAUUGACAUGCGUUUUAACGACGGCCACAUCCUGCUCAUAUCCUCCUACUCGGGGAUCUUCUUCGUCAGCUUGGUGGGCAACCUGUGUGUGCUUUGGGCCAUCUUGGGUGGAGGCCGGAAACAACGCAAAUCCCGCGUCAACCUCAUGCUCUUGCACCUGGCAAUAGCUGACCUUAUCGUGACAACGGUGAUGAUCCCGGUGGAGGUAGGAUGGGCCGCGACGGUGCAGUGGGUGGCUGGGGACGCCACCUGCAGGAUUUUCUCCUUUUUCAGGAUAUUUGGCCACUACCUCUCCUCCUUCAUCCUCGUCUGUAUAUCUAUCGACAGGUACUUCGCUGUGGUGCACCCUUUGAGCCUCAACGCGGCUGACAGACGCGGGAAGAUCAUGCUACUUUUCGCUUGGUUCCUGGCCUUCUCCUGCUCCCUUCCACAGGUGAUCAUCUUCCACGUGGAGACGCACCCUCUCUUCACCUUCUACGUCCAGUGCGUCACCUUCAACUUCUUCCCCUCGAUGCACCAUGAGAUGGUGUACAACAUCUUCUGUCUGGUGAUGCUCUACGUGGCGCCCCUCACUAUCAUCAUCAUCUUCUACGCCGCUAUUGUUCUCACCAUCUUCCAGAAGAGCAGACUCUCCUCUGACGACACUACAAUACGACGUUCCAGUCUGGGUUACCUCGGACGGGCUCGAACCAGGACCAUCAAGAUGACAGUCAGCAUCGUGCUCGCCUUCUUCGUCUGCUGGACUCCUUAUGUCGUCAUCAGCCUUUGGUUCUGCUUCGACAGGUCGGCGGCGGCCCUGCUGGACGAGAAGGUCAAGAAGGGGCUCUUCAUCUUCGCCUGCUUCAACUCCUGCGUGAACCCCAUCGUCUACGGCAUCUUCAAUUUCUGCAAGAAAAAGCCGCCUGCGACCCAAACAUGGCGCUCCACCACCCUCAACACCCAGAUAAACUCUCGUAGCUACGACACGCGUAGCUACGAGUGUCGUAGCUUCAAGUCGAGCAGAGUGUACUGGAGCAAGAGGGAACAGACAUCCACUCUCACCCACUCUGAGGUUACGGACCACACAGCUGAAUUGUUGCUGCCUCGGGCCCUCAACUCUUCCUCAUCUCACGACGCGAGGUCCCCCACGGAGUCCGGACCCCCGCUACCCUUGCUGCCUCUCGCCAGGUCCUCAGCCCUCUGUCCCAGACAGACGCCUGAAGGUGGAGACGGUGACCGCGCGGCGCUGAUGAUUCGGUACAAGAACGGCUUCUGCUACUCCACCUCCACCCGCUCUGUUUUUCACAACCGCAACGGCAGCCAAGUGUAGAACACUGGCGAGGAACAGUGACCAAGUGUAGAACACUAGCAAGGAAAAGAGGCCAGGUGUAGAACAGUGACCAGGUGUAAAACACUGGCGAGGAGCAAUAUAAACUUGAAUGUCCGGGGAAGUAUUAUGGAGAGGGGCAGUAUUUCUUACUCUAACGCAACAUAAGGUAUACCUCGAGGGGAAAUGUUGAUGGUGAGAACUGUGUUGUCUAUAUGAUGGGAGCUUACUUACAGUGAAUCUUUUUGAUAAUUACUUGCUUACAGUGAAUGCUACAGUGGUGGUAUUAUGUAUGAGUGAGCUGGAUUAUUAUAAUAAUCUUGUGUAUUGAGAACUACAGGGACACAUUACAUAGUGCUGUAGCAAUCUCGUAUAGUGAGGACUACAAGGACACAAUGCAUGGUACUGGUGCUAUAGCAGACCCAUGUAGUGAGGACAACAGGAACACAUUCCACUACAUAUCAAGUUUGUUGGUGAACAAUGCCAUUUACUAAGCGCAUAUCAGCGAGGCUGUGAUCGAGGGGCUUUGACACAAAGGACCCCCUCAUCUCACCUCACCGGAAACGCCUGUUCUGACAAUGUUUCAGAGAGGUGUUUGCAAUAUUACAACUGCGGGUGAAGUCCCCAUCAUGGCCAUGAAUGAGUUAUAUCUUUAAAACUAUGUAUUAAAUGAUUAGUUUUGUGGAUAAACUCAUUCCGUUUUGCUGGUAAUUAAUAUGCUUUUUGUGAGUAUUUCUGAGGCUUCAAUUAUCUGCAGUUUUAUUUCGUGUAUCAAACAUGUAAUAACUGAUAACCUGGUUUUCGGCUCUGGUUAGAGAGGUACAAUGUACUUGACACUUGGGGGAGAGGUACUUUAUACAACAGUGGUACAGUGUACUCCACUUUGAAGGGUGGUACUCUGUACUCGGUUAUGGUGAGAAUGGUACAGAGUACUCCUCUUUGGUGAGACAUUCCAGCAGACCAAGACAGACAGACAUAGACAUACAGACGAUAAACAGAAAUAUAGACAAGGACAUAGACACAAAUAAACUGACAAUCAUUCAGCCGAUCAUAGAGAGAGAGAGAGAGAGAGAGAGAGAGAGAGAGAGAGAGAGAGAGAGAGAGAGAGAGAGAGAGAGAGAGAGAGAGAGAGAGAGAGUGAGAGUGAGAGAGAGAGAGUGAGAGAGACUGAGAGACCGAGACUGACAGAUAAACAUUGAUGUACUACAUCGCCUUCCACGUCUGUUAAUUACGGUAAAUUAUAUAUUUCAAAAUGUUCUCCAGACAACUAUUACCGUUGUCUGUAUCACAAACUAUACUGAUAUAGUUUGUGUCAAAAACUAUACUGUCAUUGUGUCAAAAACUAUUUUGCCAUAGUGUCAAAAAUUAUACUGAUAUAGUUUGAGUAAAAAUCUAUACUGCCAUUGUGUCAAAACAAUAUUGCCAUAGUUUGUGUCAAAAAACUAUACUGAUAUAGUUUGUGUGACAAACUAUACCUGACACAUCAAAGAAGAAAUAAUGUUGAUAAAACUAUUAUACUACCUUCUACUUAAAAAAAAAAAAAAGAUGUAAACAUUAAAUUCUUUUUUAUUCCGUAAUGGUUUUAUUAAUUAAAUAUAUGAGAUUAUGAAAACGUAUUGAGUGUAAUUAAUAAAAUAUGAUUAAUACCUGA